CAAAUCUCUAGUUGUUGCUAGAAUUCAUCCACACCCACCUACCAGAGGACCUGCAUAUGUCGUUACGAAAUAAGAGGUAUUGGAUUGGAAAAAUUAUUUAUGCGUUCAUUUCUGUUCAUAGACUAGAAUUUACACCCACCUUCAUCGCGAAUAGACUUGGUGUUUGGUGUAUUCCUUCCCCAUGGCAGCAAGCGCCGCCGCGGCGAGAAGCUCCAGCAAGAAAGAAUACCCCGGAGGGCUUUUGCUGGACCGGUACGAAAUCGGCAAGCUGCUCGGCCACGGGACGUUCGCGAAGGUCUACUACGCGAGGAACGUCAAGACCAAUGAGAGCGUAGCGAUCAAGGUGAUUGACAAGGAGAAGAUCCUCAAAGUCGGCCUCACUGCUCACAUAAAGCGGGAGGUUUCCAUUCUUCGCCGUGUCCGGCACCCUAACAUCGUCCAGCUCUACGAGGUGAUGGCGACCAAAUCGAAGAUCUUCUUCGUCAUGGAGUACGUCAAGGGCGGGGAGCUGUUCAACAAGGUCGCCAAGGGGAGGCUCAAAGAGGAGGAUGCCCGGAGGUAUUUUCAGCAAUUGAUCUCCGCGGUGGCGUUUUGCCACGCCCGCGGCGUUUACCACCGCGAUUUGAAGCCGGAGAACAUACUGCUCGACGAAGACGGGAAUGUGAAGGUUUCCGAUUUCGGAUUGAGCGCCAUAUCGGAGCAGAUCAAACAGGACGGUUUGUUUCACACGUUUUGCGGCACCCCAGCUUACGUCGCGCCGGAAGUAUUGGCCAGGAAAGGCUACGAUGCUGCCAAGGUAGAUAUAUGGUCCUGCGGAGUGGUUCUGUUUGUUCUGAUGGCAGGCUAUCUGCCCUUCCAUGACCAAAACAUCAUGUCUAUGUAUAAGAAGAUCUAUAAAGGUGAAUUCAGGUGCCCUAGAUGGUUUUCUCCUGAACUAACAAGGUUACUCUCUCGAUUGCUCCAUACCAAUCCAGAAACAAGGAUAACCAUUGCCGAGAUAAUGAACAAUAGAUGGUUCAAGAAGGGGUUUAAGAACGUCAAAUUUUACAUAGAGGACGAUAAACUAUGUAAUGUCAUAGAUGACAGGAUUGAUUACUCCUCUGAUUUGUCAGAAUCAGAAUCCGAGAUGGAGAGCAGGAAGAGGAUAAACAGUUUGCCCAGGCCUUCUAGCUUGAAUGCCUUUGAUAUUAUUUCAUUUUCACGUGGUUUUGAUCUUUCUGGAUUGUUUGAGGAUGGAGGAGAUGGUGAGCGGUUCUUAUCUCGCGCCCCUGUGUAUAAGAUCAUAAACAAGUUGGAAGAGAUUGCUAAGGUCGUCAGCUUUUCCGUGAGGAAGAAGGAUUGUAGGAUUAGCCUUGAAGGGACCAAGGAAGGUGCAAAAGGGCCUUUAACCAUAGCUGCUGAGAUAUUUGAACUAACUCCAUCUUUGAGAGUUGUAGAAGUAAAGAAGAAGGGAGGGGAUACAGUUGAGUUUGAGGUGUUCUGCAAUCAAGAAUUGAAGCCUGGGUUGAACAACCUUUCUCUAGAAGAUUCAUCUUGUGAUUCUUAUUCACAUUUACCCUCAGAUACUGAAUAGAAACACCGGAAAAGGUUAAUUUUGAUCUUUACUUGUUUCUAUUGUAUAUUUUAAACUAUAUUUGUUGUUGUGCCUUAGUACCAUGGUUAUGUUUAUGAAGUUGUUGAUGCUACUUUGUGUUUUUGUUGCACUCUUUAGUUGUUGUUUGGACAGGUUGAUUGGCUAUACAAAUAAUGAGGGAAAUGAAUAUGUCAGUUUACCAAAGUUUGCUUCUGAUCUUUACAAGUCUUGUUGCCCAGUGGUUUGGGAGACCAAAUUUAUAAAUAAAUGAAUAGAUUGAUGCAAAGCCCACAUUUUCAUCAUCAAUGUUUUAUAGGCACCAUGUACAAGGAAAGACAACUGGUAAUAGUUGCCAUUGCUGUUGGUAUUGCACAACUAGUAAUGAUAAUUAAAAUAGCAGGACAGGAGUAGCAUCUUCCACAGGUGGCAGCAGCUGACAAUGGCUGCUACUGUGUGCGUGGUGCCUGCCACCAAUAGCUCCUGCUGCUAUAAUUGCUAGUUUCCUCUGCCCUUCCAUAGUGGGACGAGUAGCGAGCAGUUCUGCUGCUGCUACACAAAUACCAGUGCAACCAAACCACAGGCAGGCCAUCCUCCAUAAAAUUUUGGACCUUGAUGUCUAACUUCACUUUUAGUGGAGACGGGUACAACAACAGCCUUGAUAAAGGAGGUUGGAUAUAUGAAUGGACCAGUAGAAAAUCUCUCAACUUUCACCAUCCGAUAUCUCCUUUUUUGCUUGCCUGAAUGCAAAAUUCUGCGGUAUUAUCUCAUGCAUUGUCCUGCCAUCACUUUCGAUCUUUGGGGAGUAGUUUAAGUUCGGUCACCUGCUAUUGCUUUAUUCAUGUGCGGAUUAGUUUAAGUUUGGUCACCGCCUAUCUAUUUUCUUUUACUUGUGUUUUACAUCCUGCAGAUAGGAGUUUUCUAUUUAUUCAUUUAAAUUCUUUUGUAAUUGGAAAGUCAAUUCAUGUUCAACAACAAUCUAUGUUUUGAGAAUCGGAUCCAGGAGCAACCCAGGUCAACCCAUUCAAAUUUAAGAAACCCAUAUUUAAUGCAAUACAUUGCUUCUUAAAAGAGAUAUUAC